UAGCCUGGUCGCAAGUACACCGCUAAGCCCACUAGAUCCCAUCGAGUAGCCUCCCUUUAAUUCAUGUGACAGUUUCCUAGUCAUUUCUUGGAGUGGAAUCAUUUCACGAUGGCUACUGCCAACUGGAAUCCGCUCGGAGAUGAGUAUUAUCGAAAAACAGAAAUUUAUACCAUGGAUUGGAUCAUCAAUGGCAAUGUGGACCUCUCCAAAAAUAGAGUGGCUGCAGCCCCAUUUGCUGGACCCAUUGCCUUACUUCGGGAUGAUUCAAAAGUUGGUCGAGUUUCCAAUACCAAACCAAUUCUUUAUAUAUACAAUGCAGCUGGAAGAGAGAUAAGUCACAUGAGGUGGAGCAGUGGAAAUCUUAUACAGAUUGGUUGGUCCAACACUGAAGACCUUCUUUGUAUCCAGGAUGAUGGAGUUGUUCUUGUCUACAAUAUGUUUUGUACUUUUAAGAAAACUUUCAGCAUGGGUGACGAGGCAAAAACUUUGAAAGUCAAAGAUUGCAAAGUGUUCCAAGGAUUCCACGGCACAGGCAUUGCCAUCAUAACCAAUUCUCUUAGAGUAUUUAUUGUUAACAAUGUUGAAGAUUCUAGAAUCCGACGUCUUGCUGAAGUUCCUGGUCUCCAGCCAUCGUUCAGUAGCUGGAUUAUUUUGACUAUUGAUAGACAGACAAAAGCCAUGGUAGCCAAUGGCUCAGAACUCGUUCAAAUUGACCAGGGUGGACAGUAUGAAGUGAAACCUUUUCCUCCAGCUAACUGGUCAGAAGGAAAUGUGAUUGACAUGGCUUUAUCUUCGGACAAGAAAUAUAUUGCUUUAUAUAUGUCAUCAGGUCUUAUUUGGGUUGGAACUUCAGAUCUCAAGACUAAACUAUGGGAAUUCAACACCAAAGGGGCACCAAAACCACUUUCAUUUCUCUGGUGUGGAAAUGGAGCUGUCGUAUGUCACUGGGAUACUUUAAUGUUAGUUAUUGGGCCAGAUAAAAAUCAUAUUUCGUACAUGCUUGAUGGACCAGUUUAUCUUGUUGAAGAAGUUGAUGGUGUUAGAAUUAUUGGUAAUAUGCAACAUGAAUUCUUAGAGAAAGUUCCAGAUGUUACAUUGGAAGUCUACAAAAUACUGUCUUUAGCUCCAGGUGCCAUGUUGCGGCAAGCUUCUAAAGAAUAUCAAAAUGGAAGCCAGAAAGCUGAUGAACAUUUACGAAUGAUAGAAAAUAAAGAUGUGGCUGUUGAUCAGUGUAUUCUAGCUGCUGGGCACCAGUUUGAACCAGCAGAACAAAAGGAAUUAUUGAAGGCCGCUGUAUUUGGUAAAAGUUUCAUUACUGAAUAUUCACCAAAGAAGUUUGUGUCAAUGUGCCAGACACUUAGAGUUCUUAACCAAAUUCGCCAUUUCAGUAUUGGAAUACCGUUGACAUAUACACAAUUGGAACUAUUAACCAAAGAGGUUUUGAUUGAUCGAUUAGUGUUGCGUAUGAAAUUCUUAUUAGCUAUUCGUAUCUGCCAGUUUCUACAUAUUCCUGAUGCUGAAGGUGUUAGUCGAAUUCUUGCACAUUGGGCAUGCUACAAAGUUCAACAGAAAUACGAGAGUGAUGAAGCAAUAGCACAUGCAAUUUCACAAAAGUUGGGAGACACACCUGGAGUAUCUUAUUCAGAAAUCGCUUGCAAAGCUACAGAAUGUGGCAGAGACGAGUUAGCUAUUAAGCUUUUGGAGUUCGAACCUAAAGCUUCAGAACAAGUUCCACUAUUAAUGAAAAUGAAUAGGAAUGAAUUGGCAUUGUCAAAGGCUAUCAGUAGUGGUGAUACAGAUCUUGUAUAUACAGUUUUACUGAAACUACAGGACUCUAAUUCGUCAGAUUUUCCACGUCAAAUCCGCAAUAUGCCAAUGGCUUAUUUCCUCUACUUACAGUAUUGUCGAAAACAGAACCGCAAGGAACUUCAGAACAUGUAUUAUACAGAAGAUAACUAUUUAGAAGAUGGCUUAUGUCACAUAAUUGAUAGCUUCACUUACGAACGAUUAGAGGACCGAAUGUGUGCACUUAAGGAUGCUGUGAUUCGUUUUAAUAAAUCAAAAAAUGAAUUCAUUACUAAGCAAACAGAAGAACAAAUCAAGUUGCUGGAUAUGCAGCAGAAAUUUGAAGAGGAAUUUAACCGGCGUUAUAUUGACCUGACUUUACACGAGACAAUACAUCAAUUGAUUGUGGAUGAUAAGCUGAAACAAGCUGAGUUUAUGCGAAAAACUUUUAAAGUUCCUGACAGAAGGUUUUGGUGGUUAAAAAUCAAUGCCCUUGCACAAUCUCAUUUAUGGGGUGAAUUAGACAAAUUUUCCAGAACUAAAAAGCCACCCAUUGGAAUGGAGGCCUUUGUUGAUGUGUGCAUGAAACAUAAAAAUCCUGAUGAAGCACGAAAAUAUAUUCCACGGGUUCAUCCUGAAAAUAAGGUCCGAUGUUUAUUGAAAACUGGGCAACUGAAAGAAGCUGCUGAUGCUGCAUUUGAGAAUCGCAAUGAAGACGAACUAAAUAUAGUGCUAUCUAAAUGUAGUACAUCUAAUCCAGGUUUGAUGGAAAGGAUUAAAGGAUUAAAAGCUCAGUUGUCUAAAAAGUGAUGUGUUCAGCCAACUUAACACCAUAGCACUUUAACCUCUUUGCAAAUUCAUUUUGAAGCAAUUCACAUAAUCGAGAACACAGUUAAAAUUUUAACAAGCCAAAUUUUAAACUUAUUUUCAGUUAAAUGUUUAACUGAUCCAUCUUAAAUGUUUACGAAUCUUCAUUUGAAAAAAUAUAUUUUCCAAAACAUUUUGUUCUCUUAAACAACUGUUCCAAAUUAUACUGACACACUCAGACAUUGUUACUCAAGAAUAUUUCAUUAUUAAAAUAUUUUAUAUGCUUGUCAAAUAAUUACAAGGAAACUAACUGUACAAUGUCUAUAUUAUAAAUGACUUUUAUACAGAUAAUUGGAUUUUUUUUUUAACCAUUAAACUAUUGAUAAGUUACAAUAAUGACUUUAGCCAGCCAACUUAUUCUUUCGUUCAUCUGUUAUUUUUUUAAGUUUUUGCUAAAACCAGUUACCAAUAUAUAUAUAUAUAUAUAUAUAUAUAUAUAUAUAUAUAUAUAUAUAUAUAUAUAAUUUUUUUUUUUUUUCCCCUAUUUUUAAAUCUGUGAUAAAUAAGAUUUAUGAGUGGAGUUUGCUUCACUAACUUUGUAAAGUCAAAAUUCAUCUUCGAAAGAAGAGAGAAAAAAUCCCAGCAGGAAUAUGAAGAAUAAAUGAGAUUUCGAUUACCUGGAAUAUUUUUUGCUUUCAGUGAAUGCCAAAAGGAGAAAAAAAACUUCAUGCAAACUUCGCUUUUUUUGAUGUAGCUUUGUCAUAUUCUUG